CAGGGGCGGACUGACCAUUUGGAAACUUGGGCACUGCCCGAGGGCCCGGGGUCAGUAGGGGGCCCAUGAGAGAUGCCCCUGGUACCUUUUUCAUAGGCUUUUUUGAGUUUUGGCAAGGACACAGGGGCCCCAUGAUCCCCUAUUGCUCGGGGGCCCAUGAGUUGUCAGUCCACCCCUGGUUUACAAGCACUUUAACCUCCCUAGUAGUCUGAUUAUGUCCAUAUUUCUGUGCUCAAAGCGGUACAUUUUUUUGCAUGGAAAUAUGUCAUUUUUUUAUUGUAGGCCUUUUUGAGUGUGGUCGAGGACACAGGGGCCCCAUGAUCCCAUAUUGCCCGGGGACCCUAU